AUGACUGAUUCUAACACGGGCCGUUUUAUCCAUCGGGCUGAAACACAUUCAAUGCAAUACAACAUUACGCUCCACUGUUCUACUGCGUACUACCAACUCGCAUCUCUAAAUUCCGAGCAUUGUGGCGAGCCUUUUUUUGCCACAGAGCUGUCUCAGAAGCAGCGCAUGUUUUGCCAGGUGAAGCCCACGAUAGUAUGGGUGUGGGGGGGGUUACGCGGGCAAGUUGAUUUACCGCACAGCAUCUUCAACAGUGCUAUCGCCCUCUUCGACGAGUUCGGCGCGCUCUUCUCUAGUCCAUUCAUCUUUGGUGCCGAUGGAGACUUUUGA